UCAGAAUUGAUACAAUGAGUCUUGCCGUUAAGCUAUAUGUUUUCUUGUUGAUAGCUAUCGAUAUCGGCUUAUGCUCUGCUUGCAAUGGACAUAAGAUCCGUGUAGUGAGGAUAGAAAAUUGUGGUAAUUCCGAACAAGUCAUGAAAGUCGAUACGAAUUUUACAAUAUCAUUAACUAGAGAAUGUGAAAUUGUCAUAAAGGGUUGCGGUGAAACAACUGGUUUCCGGACGGCCAAGGCAAAGUACACACUUUACAGAAACAGUAAUCGCAUAAUUAGUGGAACAUACGAUGUAUGCGACACAUUCAAUUCAAAAGGAAUGGAAAAUGAUAUUUUGAGGUCAUUUAAUAUGUCGGCAUCAUGUCCCAUUAAAAAGAUGCGCACAUGCUCAGACGGAACUCAAACAAUAAACGUUGCAAAAUAUAAACCCAUUUGGCCAUAUGCAAUUGGGAACCUCGACGUGAAUAUUAGAAUAAAUCAUGAUUCUGGAAAUAGUUGUAUGCAUUAUACAGCUAUAGUUAGCAAAGAGUAG